GAGUCUAAUUGAAAAUAUGUUAACUAAUAGUAGCAAUACUAUUCCAAGUUCAAAUCACACAGAGUACCACAUAAAUAUUAUUUUGUACUCAUACACAAACUACUACGUGAAGUUAAAUAAUAAUUUUCCAAAUUUUAAAGGUGUCCCACUACCACUUAGGUAUUUUUUUUAUCAAUCGCAAGCUACUAUCGGAGGCUGUACAAUCAUUUUUCCAAAUUUUGGACACCCCUAAACAUGCAUGUAUCGGCCAAUGGCUGGAGGACUCGUCACUAAUGAUCGAAGUUGUCAAAGUCGUAGAAGCACCCUUUUUUUUUGUAAUUAUGUUUAUUUGAUUUUAGUCAUUCCUCGAUCUGGUUUCUUCAUAGCAUCGGUCGUUUUGGGUCUAGCAAUUUAUUCGAAAAAUUCGCACUUCAAUUUAGAAAAUUAUGUAAAUUCGUUUUAGUUUGACUCAACACAACAUAUAACUCAAAUACAAUCUCGUCGGUUGACGUAGCUACCUAGUGAAUGUCUGAUCAUGGCACACGAGAUCGAUCAAAUAGGAAGAACAAAAUUAGCGAUGCCAAUUAGAGAAAGAAGAAGAGUAGAUGGAUAAUCGAAAAUGAUUACUUUUCUUGAAGAAACAAGUAAAGUUACCUUAUAAAGACUCUAACCCAAAACGUGAAUUCAUCCUAACAUAACGAAAUGACUAAGACACCCUCCUAACCUAUUUAGACCCUCAUCAGUCAUCACUGUCCUAACCAGCAGACACUGAAUUAAUGGGGUUUGUUGCUCCAUCGACGUCCGAACAGAAUGCAGAGCAGGCAGCGAGACCCGAAUUUUGGAACAGAGAGAUCGGAGGCAGGGCAAGACGCGUUUGUUAGCGUCAGGUCUGCUAAUUAAUUGUAGAGAGAAAAGACGUCAGAGGGAGAAUUGAAUCCACAAGUGGAAGAACUUGGUCUUGGAGGAAGGAGGUAAGUAACCUAUCAGCGCCCAUCAGGUGACCCACUCGAUUUUGACUGUAUGGUCGAUCGAUCGAACAAACAAACCCAAUGCUGCCAAAACAAAUAUGUUUUUGUUUAUUGAUUCAAAUGACCAAUUGGGGUUGUGACUUACGGGAUUAUCCUCUUUUCAUCGGCUUUACAGGCUGUGAUCUGCUGGAUCAAAGAACGCUGCCCUUGAAGACGCCAGAGGAUUUGGACCGAGGAAGGAAUCUGGAAAGUGAUGACGGCAAAGUUGCCAGCUCCAGGAUCUCCGAAACCACCUCGGUUUGUCGCCAUGUCAAGAAGAAAGAGAGGCCGCGUGCUGACUAAGUUGUUGUCAAGAGAAAGAAAGUUUGCUUAGGAUGGCAAUUUCGACCUGACCCAUUAUACCCGACCUGUUUGACCUGUUUUGGGUAAGUCCGACACGCCCCGUAGGUGGGGCGGGCAUGGUACUGUCAUCGACCCGACCUGCCCUGACCCGCCCCAUUCUCGACCCGUUCUUGACUAAAUUACAUGUAAUCUUAGUCAAAUUACUUAGGCUGAGUCCAAUGCUAGUCCCCAAAUUUGGGGACCUUCAUCCCCAAAUUUGGGGAUCAUCCCUAUUUUCUUCUCUUUUGUUCCAAUGCUACAUUCUUCAAAUAUGGGGAUCUUCCUUUUUUCAGUUUUUCAUUUACUUAAAAAUGUAUUUAUGGAAGCAUUAAUAUAAUUUGUUCAUAUUAAUAUUUGUGUAGGUAGUCAUCAUUUUCAAAUACAAUUUUUUCGAUAGAAUUUUUUCAAAUUCCGAGACCAAAUUUUUUUUUGCAAAAAAUGAUUGACCUAAUUAGAUUAAAGUUGUAUUUCAAUUAAAGUUGUAGUAGGUGAUAAUUUGCUUUGUAUUUCAAGAACACAUUUUUAUUUCAAUAAUAUAUUUUCCUUUCUUAGUUCGAUCUAGUUUUUGUUUACACACAACCUCAAGAUGAUAAACAUAAAUUUUAAAUAAAAUGAAUUCAAUUUA